CAGGCAGAGAUGGCCCAUACGUGCCGCGGCACCAUCAACCUGGCCACGGCGCACAUCGACACCGAAGACGCCUGCAAUAUUGUUCUGAGCAGUGGGGGGCGCACGUACCAUCUGAAAGCCAGCACAGAGGUGGAGAGGCAGAGAUGGGUCACAGCACUGGAGCUGGCCAAGGCCAAAGCCAUCCGAAUGAUGAACGAUCAGUCCGACAAUGGCCCCACAGCCCCUCUAACACACUGUUAUCAGUCAGCCUUUGCCCUUUUCAGACUACCCUGAAAGCACCAGAGUCCUCCUACAUCUAGAACAGUCCAGUCUAGACAUUAAGAAUUUCCCAGAAAUCCGUGCCCACGCUGUUUCUCUCACAUUUACAGUCGCGCACACAUAAACCAACUAUGUAGCUCUAUGUAUAGAAGCACUGUCUCUCUUGAAUGCUCCCUGGUGUGAAAUAUAGCAGGCGCAGAGGGGGAAAGUGAGAGACCGAGAGGGAGAUGAAGCUGCGGGGAAAGAGUCUGUAUGUGUAGGAAACUCAGUCAGGCAGAUGGACAGAUCUGUAACAUCACGGCCCACAGGAAUGGCUCCGGUGUCUAGCCACCUCCCCCCACAGGACUGAUAUCAACCCGAACAGAAAAACACUCAAUCCAGCGAUCGCCCGUGCCUGCUGGCCUCAUGUAAUCCAAAAAACGAUCUGUUGUGCCCAAUAAACAAGUGUGAACAGUGAAAUCUCACCCUUUCCUUAUGUAAACACUGUGUUUGGAUGUGGACGUAUGUGGCGGGUGGAAUCGGUGGAAGAAGAGAGAGAGGAACAGAGCAUAUGGCAUAUUAAAUGUUUGCAGAAGGAAAGGACUGCGAUAUGAAAUUGUGUCUCUGCGGUGGGCCGUCUUGGGCCGUAUCCACUCUUGAUUACAGCAGGAUCCAGCCAUGCUCAGACGUGCGCUCCUGUGGUUCUGUCUCACGCUGCAGACAGACGUCUGAUCAAAACCAGCAGCAUUUCUAAAUGAAUGAAAUCUCUUUUUGCCCUGGUGGUUUUGUUUACAGCGUGUCUCUCUUCGUGAAGA